UUAGUAAAGGCCACUGGGUCUAUUUUACUGCGUAGGCUACAGAAGGCCACCAUCAUUCACAACUAUGGUGCUGUCUGACCGAUUUACUGCUUAAAGAUCGCAUUGGAAUCAUAUAAUUUAUAGGCUAUUUAGACUCAAUAAAAGUGACAUUAAUGAGUUUUGCUGAAGCAACUGAAUGAAAUGUGUAAUGGUGCUCUCUAUGACAUAACCAAUGAGCCUUUAAGGUCACUGCAUCGGCUGGCUCCAGAAACGGUCAACUGACGCUCUCAGAAAUUUAACACUGCGGUUACUUGGAGACGGAGAAAGGCGAAAACCAGCACGAUGCAAAUGGCAACGCUUUCAGGGAAAACCAAAUGAGAGCAUCUCCUUGUGAGAAUGUUCUGUAGUUACCUGGAUCUCACCUGAACUCUUACCGGGUUUGGAGUGCACAAUGGCUAAUCGCCAGAAGAAAAUAAUAUUUUCAGUUGGCGGAUUUCUAUGUUUCGCCUGCGUUCUGAUCGUCGCUGCGGCGAUGGGCACACACUUUUGGGUCAAGGGAACCGUUCUUUGUAAAACAGGUGCACAGUUGGUGAACGCCUCGGGACCAGAGCUGGAUAAAUUUAUUGGGAAGGUGAGCUACGGACUUUUUCACGGACAACGUGUGAAGCAAUGUGGAUUAGGUGGUAGACCCUUCCGCUUUUCAUUUUUUCCUGACCUGUUGGAUGCCAUCCCAGCCAAUCUCCACAUCAGUGUGAUCUUCUUCUGUGGAGUGCUAAUUCUGUUCUCCUGUAUCUCCACGGCCUUCUUCAUGUACAAUGCCUUUGGCAGCCCCUACGAAACACUACAAGGCCCUCUUGGACUGUACUUGUGGAACUUCAUUAGCUGUUUCUGCUGUUGUCUGGUCAUGAUCCUGUUCGCUGCCGAGGUGAAACUCCAUCGCCUCUCUGAACGAAUCGCCAACUUCAACGAGGGCAAUUUCCUGUACAAGACAUACACGGAGCAGUAUGACCGCUCUUUCUGGCUGAUCUUCCUCACUUUUCUCACGCACGGCUUCAACAUCUUACUGAUCCGCCUGGCUGGAUUUCAGUUUCCCUUCCAGGAGGCCAAAGAGCCUGACCUAAGCACAGGGGCAUCUGACCUCAUGUACUAAUCGGCCUGCUUUUUUUUUCUCUCUUGGCUCCCAGGAUGACUACGUAGCAACUGAGCUAUACAUUCUCCUCAAUGGGAGCCCUGGUGGCAUUAGAUGUUCCAGUUUCUUGCACACAGAAGGAAGCAAUACUCCCCUCCCCCCCAAAAAACCACUUGAAUGGCUGAGAAAAAAACUGAAGUGAACUGAAAACUGAAACUGCAUGUUUGAAAAGUCUUACAUUUUCAGAUGGUGGGGGAUGGAUUGAGAGAGGGGUGGGUUUGCGUCACUAGUGUGUUGUCAUGACACACUGUGGUAAUGGCAAUGCUAAAAUUAGGGGCUAGUGUGUAGAUUCUACUCUUCUCUUUUUGGUCAUGGACUGUUACUAACAACUAGAUGUGACCGGUGACUAGUGACACCGGGUUCACUACUACCUUAAGUGUUGAAAUUGAGAACAGGCUUUGAAUAGGAAUAUGUCUUGAUUCAUUAUUUGUUUCUAUUGUAGUUGUGUGUGUGAUAGUCAGCCCCAUUCUCAGUUCACUCUCUUAAAACACACCAUGUUGUGCCAAUAACUAGUUGUUAAAAGGAUUUAGGAAGGGGGAUCUAGGGAGUCAAAAGUAUUUUGUAUUAUUUUUAGAUUACUAUUAACUGUGCUUUUUGUGACUGGAAGGCAGCACAUUUAAUUAAUGUUAUUGUAGUGGUCUGUUCAAUUAUGUCUGUGCAGCAUGUAGAAUGUAUUUUGGGGAAAAGAAAUAUCCAACAAGAAUGAUCAUGAGCCCAAAAUGUUAUACAUAGUAAGAUGCAUAUUUUUGCAUGUUCUGUGAUUGCAUCAUUGGAUGACCAAUGUAAACCUAUAUUCAUAUUUUUUGAGACUAUUCUUUUUUUUUCAGACAAGUACAUUUCAAGCUAAAGUUGGCAUAUUAUCCACUAGAUGGCAAUACAAGCCCAUCUCUAAAGUGCGUGAAUCAGAAAUUGUCAUCAAACCAGUAACUCAGAAAUGACAAAAAAAAAAUCAAUCCCUUCUCAGAACUAUUGACAGAAGUUUAAAGCAACACUAUGCUGCAUUUUGAGGUAUGUUUUUACAGCCAACUACUUUUUAUAAAAUCUUUGAAAUAUUUUUUAUGGUGUACGGUCAUGAGAAGGACAAAUAAAUAUCUGUCGUUCCCACCA